AUGAAGUGGUGCUGGUUGUUUAUUAUCAUCUCAGUUACUACUGCACAAGUCAGGCAUUAUGGAACUCAACAACAAUUGCGAAGCACUAGAACCUACGGCCGUCAACAAAAAUUACAUCGUCGUUAUGGCCAUGGAGAGGAUUUCUUUGAUACGGAUAAUUGGAAUUGGCAAUGGCAUGAAGAGGAUUAUUUGGUUAAAAAUUGGCAGAGGAAAUGUUCAAAAUAUCAGCUGGGAAGUUCGGUGAAAAGUUUCAUUGCCAAUGGCAUGGCGGCGGGUAUGGAAAAAUUCCCCUAUUUGGUGGGUCUACUAUUACUUGAUUCACCACGGAUUUUUCAGUGUGGUGGAUCAUUGAUAUCAACGAAGUUUGUACUGACGGCUGGUCAUUGUUUGCUGAGAGCCAGCGAAGCUCGUGUCUAUGUCGGCUCCUACAUAUACGCCAAUGCCGCAUCAGCCGAAAUGGUCUACAAUGUGACACGCAACGAUUUCAUUAUCAAUGAACGUUACGAUGGACGUCAUGGUUUUCUCGAUGAUAUUGCUUUGAUACGUCUAAAAGACCCCGUGACAUUAUCACCACGAGUAAAAAUCAUCCCAUUGGCGCGCAGUUUCUUCAAUGAAGAAUUUCUUGAAAGAGAAUUGGUAACAGCUGCCGGUUGGGGUCGAACAUCGGAUAAUAGCAGUUCGUUUAACACUAAACUUUAUUAUGUCGAAACACCUGUUUUGAGUUACGACAAAUGCAUGUGUUAUUAUCUACCCGGUUUGGUUAAUCGUCGCAAACAUCUGUGUGCCGAUGGUACGGGUGGACGUGGCGGUUGUGAUGGUGAUUCUGGUGGACCUUUGGUCUAUAAUUUUAGAGGCAAGGAUUACCUUGUGGGUGUUACAUCGUUUGGCAGUGCUGGUGGUUGUGAAAUUGGUCAUCCUACUGUUUAUACAAAGGUCACCAAUUAUUUGGGGUGGAUACAUAAGAAGACGGGCAUAAUGUCCACAUAG